AUGUCGGAUCCCCAGGCAAACGAGGCCGAGAAGAACAUCGAGAUAUGGAAGGUCAAGAAGCUGAUCAAGCGCCUCGAGGCCGCUCGUGGUAACGGCACUUCCAUGAUUUCGCUCAUUAUUCCCCCCAAGGAUCAGAUUUCCCGAGCCGCAAAGAUGUUGGCUGAAGAAUACGGAACUGCGUCAAACAUCAAGUCUAGAGUCAACAGACAGUCCGUGCUUUCCGCCAUUACCUCGACCCAGCAGCGUCUGAAGCUGUACAACAAGGUCCCUCCCAACGGCUUGGUCGUCUACUGUGGUGAAAUCUUGACCCAGGAAGGCAAGGAGAGAAAGGUCAACAUCGACUUCGAGCCUUUCAAGCCCAUCAACACCUCCCUAUACCUCUGUGACAACAAGUUCCACACCGAGGCUCUGGCCGAGUUGCUCGAGUCGGAUCAGAAGUUUGGUUUCAUCAUCAUGGACGGUAACGGAGCGCUUUUCGGAACCCUUUCCGGAAACACCAGAGAAGUUGUUCACAAGUUCUCUGUCGAUCUUCCCAAGAAGCACGGUCGUGGUGGUCAAUCCGCUCUUCGUUUCGCUCGUCUUCGUGAGGAGAAGCGCCACAACUACGUCCGCAAGGUGGCCGAGUUGGCCGUCCAGAACUUUAUUACCAACGACAAGCCCAACGUUGCUGGUUUGAUUUUGGCCGGUUCUGCCGAUUUCAAGACUGAUCUCAACGCCUCCGACUUGUUCGAUAACCGUCUCGCCACCAAGGUCAUCAAGGUUGUUGACGUCUCCUAUGGUGGUGAGAACGGUUUUAACCAGGCUAUCGAGCUUUCCUCUGAGACCCUGGGCAAUGUCAAGUUCAUUCAGGAGAAGAAGCUCAUUGGAAAGUACUUCGAGGAGAUCAGCCAGGACACCGGACGGGUCUGCUACGGUAUCGAAGAUACCCUCAAGGCCCUGGAGCUAGGUGCUGUGGAGGUUCUGAUUGUUUUCGAGAACUUGGAGAUCACUCGCUGGAAGCUCAAGGACAGUCAGGGCACCGAGCACACGCUGCACACCACCAAGCAGCAGGAGGGCGGUGACCGCGCCAUUUUCAUGGACAAGGAGACUGGCCAGGAGAUGGAAGUCGUCACCCAGGAAUCAUUCCUUGAGUGGAUUGCAGAGCACUACAAGGACUUCGGUACCAACCUAGAGUUCGUCUCAGACCGUUCCACUGAAGGCAACCAGUUCGUCAAGGGUUUCGGUGGUAUCGGUGGUAUUCUCCGCUACAAGGUGAACUUUGAGCAGUUGGCUGAGGUUGAUGACGAUGAUGACUACUACGAUGGUAUGUAA